UUGCUCAGCUGUUUUAACACCCUCUUGUUACUAUCGUAUUCCAAAACAAAUGGCACCAGCUUUCAUGGGCAUAUUCAUGCAAAUAGCAAAAUCUAUUUUAAUUAAAGGGAAUGAAAUUGACACGUUAUAUUAAUCAAUUGUGGCAGCGCCACCGAGACACCGAUGAAAAUUGGUAUAUGUACUUGUUUUUUGUGGUACUUCGCGUUGUGUUUGUCUUCAUUCCGCAGCAGGGCUAUAUACAUCCCGAUGAGUUUUUUCAAUCAGUGGAAGUGAUGACUGGCGAUCAUUUUCGGCUGGAGCAUGUACGCACCUGGGAGUUCAACAACACAAUGCCGGUGCGCAGCAUAGCACUGCAAUUUUUUCUACUACGUGUUCCAUGGAGUUUCUUAGAAUUUGUUGCUAUGUACAUGCGCCACUAUUUGGGCAUAGAACUAUUGCAAAGCUAUACUUAUUUGGUAUUUCCGCGCCUCAUAAUGUGUGCAUUAUCCUUUAUCAACGAUUGGGGCAUGUAUCGUAUAUGUCGUUUGUACAGCCUUCACUAUGAAAUUCGACUUUUAGCCCUCAGCAGCUCUUGGGUAAUGUUAGUUUUUGGUACACGCACAUUUUCCAAUACGAUUGAAUUGGCUUUAUGUUCCUUGCUGCUCACACUUGUCGCCGAAUGUAUGAUCAAAACGAAUACUAUUGUCUAUAAAAAAGAAAUACUGGAAGACCGUUAUGAUAAGGCGAAAUCUAUAAGCGAACGCGUCAAGAUGUGGCGCUUAUGCAAAGCUUUGCCAGCGCAUAACUACACUCAUACUCUGCUUGUGGCCAGCAUUUGCGUAGCAGGUGUUUUUAACAGACCAACAUUUCUGUUCUAUGGAGCGCCAGCGGUAUUCUAUUGGAUGUUGCGCGGUAUGGGCACGAAAACCAUUACGUUCCGGGACUUCAAUCUACGUAUGUUACUGUUCUGUAUGAGCGCCUUACCAGCGUUCAUCCUUUUCAUAGUUUGCGAUUCUUUUUAUUACAAAUACCUAACUGUUGGGGAGCUACAAAUGUUGCAGUUGAGCAUUAAUAACUUUGUCAGCACACCUUGGAAUUUCAUUAAGUAUAAUUUGGAUUCGAAAAAUACUGCCCAGCAUGGUUUACAUCCGAAAUACAUACACGUUUUGGUCAACAUACCGAUGCUUUACAAUGUGCUUGGUGUAGUGGCGCUUGUAUCUUUCGCGCAUCUAUUAAUUCGUUUCUUUCGCGCCGAAUAUCAAGGUUUACCGCGCGCGCAAAGUAUUAUCAGCUUAAUGUCCAGCGCUAUAUUUGUGCCACUCUUCUUUUUAUCGCUUAUCAAUCACCAGGAGGCACGCUUUCUUCUACCGCUGCUUUUUCCAAUUGUUCUACUGCAUGCACCUAAACUGUAUCAUGGGCUUUGUCCAACCUACCCUUUCAAAAAAGAACAUCCUUUGCUACGUAAAAUCUAUCAUACAGUUCUAUCUACACAAGUGUCGACCAAACCGUUGAUGAAAACCUGGUACAUGUGCAACAUUGGACUUACCAUCUUCUUUGGAUUCAUCCACCAAGCAGGCGUAUUUCCACUAACGCAACAUUUCGAGGGCGUAAUGCAAACGAAGUCGCCCGCUCAGCAUAUACAUCUCAUUACUUCGCACGUUUACAGCGUGCCGCUGACUUUUGUAAAUGUGCCCAACUCACAAGUGUUGCAUAUGAUGCGCGAAACUGGACAACGCUAUCGGCGUCACAAAGAUUUCUACAUAUACGAAUAUGGAGGCCUCAAUAUGCCACAGCUUCUGGACAAAGUCAAGCUCAUAUUUACACAAUGCGAAAUGAAGUAUACCACAAAGCAGCAGAAAUAUCGUUUAUAUUUGGCAUUGCCCACCGCUUUGAGUGAUCAUAUGGCUGCGGAAUUGAAGCUGGUUGGCGCAAAUACGUAUAUGCGUCCGCAAUUAGUGCGCGUUUUCUACCCGCAUUUGUCGACAGAAGCGCUGCCACGUUCGAGCGCGUGGCAUAGUCCUUCGGCGUCUUUACAUUCCAAAUUAAGCUAUGACUAUGUCAGUGACCUGCUUCUAUCAUUUGUGCGCGAGUUCGGCUUGGCGCUCUAUGAGAUACAACCGCAACACAAAAUUCAGACAGAGAAGUUGCAUACUCGGAAGGUGUCGAGGCGUAGUGCAUAGGUGCUCCGGGUACUACACUAACAUUAGAAUACAUAAUUUUAACUACGCUUUUUAUUUAUGAACACAAUGCUUCUCAUUCUAGUCAUAGGUUACCUUCGUAUGUAAAUAUGAAUGUAGUGCGUUUUGGACUUGGCAUUCCACUUUUGAUAAGUGUUUCUAAAGUAUUUUUUCUUAAGCAAUAAAAUACACUUUAUGCUAAAACUA